AUAAAUGAAGUGACAGACUUAGUUGGGAAACUUGAUGAUUUCUGCUGUCUUGAGUUGUAUCUCUUUGGGGUCAAACAGGGGGGUUUACAGAGAAUUCUGGAUCCAGAAAAGAGGACAGCAUCUCUGAUUAACCUCACUGCAAAGAUGUUGUAUCUGGAAAGUAAUGCACAAGCUCAGUAUAAUGAGCCACAGUAUACAAAUUUAGGGCUCCUGAAUAGCAUGGAACAGCAGAUCCAAAAUGGUUCAUCUUCCACCAGCCCUUACACUACUGAACAUGCUCAGAACAGUGUCACAGCACCAUCACCGUAUGCUCAGCCCAGCUCCACAUUUGAUGCCCUCUCGCCUUCUCCAGCAAUCCCAUCAAACACAGAUUACCCUGGGCCUCACAGCUUUGAUGUCUCAUUUCAGCAAUCCAGCACAGCAAAGUCAGCCACCUGGACAUAUUCCACAGAUCUGAAGAAGCUUUACUGCCAAAUUGCCAAAACAUGUCCAAUUCAGAUCAAAGUGAUGACACCACCUCCGCAGGGCGCUGUAAUUCGGGCCAUGCCAGUCUACAAGAAAGCAGAACAUGUCACAGAGGUUGUGAAACGCUGCCCAAACCAUGAGCUGAGUCGCGAAUUUAAUGAGGGACAGAUAGCUCCUCCCAGUCAUCUGAUUAGGGUAGAAGGAAAUAGCCAUGCCCAAUAUGUAGAAGAUCCAAUCACUGGGAGACAGAGUGUUCUGGUACCUUACGAACCCCCACAGGUUGGCACAGAGUUCACAACAAUAUUAUACAAUUUUAUGUGCAACAGCAGUUGUGUUGGAGGAAUGAACCGGCGACCGAUUCUGAUCAUCGUAACGCUGGAAACAAGAGAUGGUCAAGUUCUGGGUCGUCGGUGUUUUGAAGCUCGUAUUUGCGCUUGUCCUGGUAGAGACCGCAAAGCAGAUGAAGACAGCAUCAGGAAGCAACAAGUUUCAGACACAACAAAGAAUGGGGAAGGUAUGAAGCAAUCUUUUCGGCAAGCCACUCAUGGUAUUCAGAUGACGUCCAUAAAAAAACGGCGGUCUCCAGAUGAUGAGGUGCUCUACCUACCUGUAAAAGGAAGAGAAAUUUAUGAAAUGUUGUUGAAAAUCAAAGAAUCUUUGGAACUCAUGCAAUACCUUCCCCAGCACACAAUCGAAACCUACAGACAACAGCAGCAACAUUUAUUACAGAAACAGGACAGAAGCCUACAGAACAACAUGACUGCCCCACGAAAUACAGGGAGGAGUGACACCUUCUCCAUACAACAGUGGCAAAAAAGAAUGCAGAACAGUCCCAACUACAUGGAACAAAAUCUAAAGCAUUCUCCAAUAGACCAGGAUGUCAGAGAGGAAAAUUACCAUAAUGAACGAUCUUCAUUACAAGCACAGUCAUUUGGAUCCACUUCUCCUCCUCUCAGCAAGAUGAACAGCUUGAACAAGUUGCCUUCUGUCAGUCAGCUAAUGAACCCGCAGCACAGGAACUCGCUCACCCCAAACACAAUGUCCGACGGCAUGGGAGCAAACAUUCCAAUGAUGAGCUCACACAUUCCAAUGACCAGUGAUCUCAAUGGGCUUAGUCCAUCUCAGACGCUACCCCCUACCUUAACUAUGCCUUCCACGUCGCACUGCACUCCUCCUCCUCCUUACCCCACAGACUGCAGCAUCGCCAGUUUUUUAGUGAGAUUGGGAUGUUCAUCCUGUCUGGACUAUUUCACUACCCAGGGCUUGAGCACCAUCUAUCAGAUUGAACAUUAUUCCUUAGAGGAUUUGGUUAGCUUGAAGAUCCCAGAACAGUUUCGCCAUGCAAUCUGGAAAGGCCUUUUGGAGCACCGUCAGAUCCACGAGUUUUCAUCUCCUCCUCACUUGCUCCGCACAACUAGCAGCGCUUCCACUGUUAGUGUAGGAUCCAAUGAAUCUCGCGGAGAGAGAGUCAUUGAUGCUGUUCGCUUCACCCUUCGACAAACCAUCUCCUUUCCUCCUCGGGAUGACUGGAGUGACUUUAACUUUGACAUGGAUGCCCGCAGAAACAAACAACAGCGUAUUAAGGAAGAAGGGGAGUGACUUUCAUCAGUGUGUAUAUCCUGAAAUUAAUCUACACACUGCUUCCAGAUUUCUCUCAUACCUUCAGUUAAAUAUCUGUGUUGCUUUUGUAAAUUCAAUCUUAGCAACCAGGUUUUGUUUUUUUGUAAUUUACAAGCAACCAAAAUAGUUGCACUUAUAAAAAUAGUGACUUUUUUGUAUUGUUUUGAAUGCAAUGUUUCAUUUAGUCACUAUUUGUUAAUACCUGCUUGUACUGUUGUGCACUUCUUUUGAGUUCAUCAAAAUUCUACUAGUGUGAGCGAGAAUGGUUAAAUGUCCUCCCACAUCAUAUUGUUAAAAUAAAAUUGUGUUUUUUGUUUUGUUGCAUAGGUGCGCAUUCUAAAGCACUUGAGUCAAUGGCCGCUGUUUUUUUUUGUUUGUUUGUUUUUUUUCAAAUAUGCAUCUUUAUGUGUUUCCAUUUUGAUCUCCAAUGUGUUCCUGAAAUCACAAGUGGCAUGAUUGUAAUUUCACAUUCCUGAGAUGCAUUGUAAAGUGUAUAUACAUUUUAUGUAUAAUUAUGUUUUCAUACAUUUUUUUUUAAUUAUUAUUCUUUUGUUUUGGGAUAGCAGGUCUUCCAUUGCUCAGAUUUAUUAAUAUAAUUUUUUUUUCAACAACAAGUAAAUAUGCAAAUUGUACCCAAUCUAUGGACCAGAUUUUAUAUUUGCAAUUAUGCAAUGAAGUAAUAACACACAAUAUCUCUAGUAAUUAGAGAUAAAUUAUAUACAAUUUGGCCUGAAGUCAUAGUUCUGUUUGUCUGUAUAUAUAAAAACCACAAGUCCUAUAUUUCAAACAGAUUAUGGUGCCUUAAAUUGAAAGAAGUUAAAUGACAAGAAAAUUUUCUUGUCAGAAACCUGUUCAUUAAAUUUACUUUUUUUUAGAUGUUAUUUUGUUAUUUUAUUUUUUAUGAUUUUAUAAAAAAAAAGCUUUAUAAGAUGCCAAAAAAAAAUAACAUUGCUUUUUUUUUCAAUAAACAAUGUUGAAAAAGA